AAAAGGAAACCCACGCAUCGCGAGCGCACGCGAGGCCCAAACCCUAGGGUAGAAUUCUCCGAGCAGUACGGAUGGCGACGGCGACGGCGAAGGCUUCGGCCCCGGCGGCGGCGGCGGGGAGGGCGGCCGGGACGCCGUCCAAGUCCGCCUCCCGAGCGCGGCUCUCGCACGCCUCGGAGAACGCACACCCCAACAUCCCAGGCUCCCCGGCCGCGCCGUCAAAGCCCUUUGCCCCCGCGGGGGAGGCCGGGGCCCCGUCCAGGAACUCCUCCCGCGCGCGGUUCUCGCACGCCUCGGAGAACGCACACCCCAACAUCCUGGGAUCCCCGCCUCCGCCGCCGUCGAAGCCCGCGAAGUCCCCAGCCACCGCGUCCAAGUGUGGCUCCGCAAGGAAGAAGGUCUCCACGCCCGCGCCAGCCCCGCCGCCGCCGCCGCGGGGGAGGCGGUUCCUCGUGGCGAAGAAGGGGGCGCGGAGGAGGUGGAACGGCGCCAGUGGAGGCGGCGGGGGCGGGGGCGAGUUCGACUUCGAGAAGUGCCGGGAGGCCGCCCGGGAAGCUUUGCGCGCGUCCCACGAGGCAUUCUUCCUCAAGGAGCGCGCAGCAUCCGCCGCAGCUGAGGAGCAAUUGCAAAAGGAGGAGAAGGAGGAUGAGAAGUCGGCCGUAGAGGAAUCAAAGAAUGGAUCUUUGGAGGAGGAAGAUGUUGCGGAGUUGGAGGGAAGCAGCAAAGUGAGGGCGUUGAGGACCAGAGUGAUGGCCAAGGCGUUGAGCAGCGUCCCUGAUUCUGGCGCUGGUCGCGUCAAGCACCUUGUGCAGGCCUUCGAGAGCAUGCUCUCCAUCUCCGGAGCCACCUCUGACGCCGAUAGGGCCGGUGAGGGGUCCUGGGCGCUUCCCGGAUUGCAGACAUUGAAGGAGGAAGGCGAGGGCAAUGUAGAGAUGCCGCCGUUGUCCGUGUUCUCGUCUGCUGAGUUCUUGAAUGCAGGGCCGAGCAGGCUCUGUUCUUCACUUGAUGGGAAAAGCGACAGGUUGAGUUGGGACAGCCGGACAUCGGCCGGGGGGCGCAAGAGCAGGCGGAAUUCAUCAGAGUCGUUAAGAAGCAGCUGGAAUAAGAAACUGAAGGUGACAAGCCAGCAUCCAUUCAAGCUGAGAACCGAGCAAAGGGGACGGGCCAAAGAACAGCAGUUUGUUCAAAAAGUAAAGGAGAUGCUUAUGGAGGAAGAGCAGCGACGUAUACACAUUGCGCAAGGACUUCCGUGGACAACAGAUGAGCCUGAGUGCUUGAUAAAGCCACAAGUCAAAGAAGCCACCGAACCUGUUGACCUUGUUCUGCACAGUGAUGUACGAGCAGUUGAACGCGCCGAAUUCGAUCAAUAUGUAUCAGAUAGACUCAAGUUUGCCGAGCAUCUAAGACUGGAGAGGGAGCGGCAGCAGAAACUGGAGGAGGAAGAAAUGAUAAAGCAACUUAGGAAAGAGCUCGUUCCUAAAGCUCAGCCAAUGCCAUACUUUGAUCGUCCAUUCAUUCCAAAAAGGUCUUCAAAACCAGCAACAGUUCCAAAGGAGCCAAAGUUUCAUCCUCGUCCAGAGAAGUUGUCAUGUUACUGUCGACAGCAAUGCAUGGACACUGGAAAGCUGAACUCUUCAUGUCCUCAUGAGCAGCAGGACUGUACUCGCUGAGAAGUCCAGAGCAUGGCCACGCAUGUUCUAGAUGAUUUGAUCUAUCUGAAAUGGAAAGAAAAUCACAUUCAUUUUUGUAUCUUCAGUUAUCCCCAUCAAGUCUUGUUUCUGUACAUGCCUUAUCAGUAGCUCUGUGCUUCAGAUGCAACCACCCUGAGAUUGGGAAGUUGUAGCAGGAAUCUCAACGAGGAAAUUCAAAGAUGAAUUUCUAU